CCUCUGCAAAGGGCACUUGCGGAUAUUUGUAAAGCAGGGACGGCCAGGCUGCCGGAGCCGCAAUGUGGAGCAGCGAAUGGGAAAUGUCAAAUAUACAUUGACGGCGAGCGCGAAUAGUCGAGUCUGGAGCUGACGCUGUUCCCCUUUCUCGCCAGUGAAAGCGCCCGAGCAAACCGAGCCCGACACCCAAGGUGAAGGCGGAGAACAAAAAAACAUACAAGAUCUUCGAAAAAGCGCAAAAUGGACACACAUCUUGCUCACAGUCUCAGCAGCCCAACCAGCCCGUGCAAUGACAUGCUGAAAAAUAUCAGUAGUUUGGAGGCCAUACAACUGUGUGACAGAGAAGGAAACAAAUCGCAAGACAGUGGCAUUGCAGAGAUGGAAGAACUUGCCGUUCCACGUAACAUAAAAAUAAGUAAUAUAACAUGUGAUUCUUUCAAGAUCUCGUGGAGCAUGGAUCCCAAAUACAAAGAUCGUAUCACACACUACUUCAUUGAUCUUAAUAAGAAAGAAACAAAGAAUUCCAAUAAAUUCAAACACAAGGACGUUCCUACUAAAUUGGUGGCAAAAGCAGUCCCCUUGCCAAUGACAGUGCGUGGUCAUUGGUUCUUAAGUCCCAGAACAGAGUAUACUGUGGCUGUUCAGACUGCAUCAAAGCAAAGUGAUGGAGAUUAUACGGUCUCAGACUGGAGUGAAGUUGUGGAAUUCUGUACUGCAGACUAUUCCAAGGUUCACCUUACACAAUUGAUGGAAAAAGCUGAAGCGAUUUCAGGGCGCAUGUUGAAGUUUUCAGUUUUCUAUCGUAACCAGCACAAAGAGUAUUUUGACUGUGUUCGAGAACAUCAAGGACAAAUGAUGCAAACUUCCAUAAAAGAUAACAGUGGCAGUCAUGGUUCUCCCAUCAGUGGCAAACUGGAAGGCAUCUUCUUUAGCUGCAACACUGAAUUUAACACUGGAAAACCUCCUCAUGAUUCACCUUAUGGGAGGUACCGUUAUCAGAUUCCUGCCAGCAAACUCUUCAACCAGAAUACUAACCUCUAUUUUGGUGAUUUUUAUUGUAUGUAUACAGCGUACCACUACAUCAUUUUGGUUAUUGCACCUAUGGGAUCGCAGGGAGAUGAAUUCUGCAAGCAGCGACUUCCUCAGCUAAAUAUUGCUGACAACAAAUUCCUGACAUGCACGGAGGAGGAUGGUAGGCUUGUUUAUCAUCAUGCCCAGGACGCUAUUUUAGAAGUUAUCUACACUGACCCAGUGGAUCUCUCUCUUGGUAGCGUGGCUGAAAUCAGUGGCCAUCAGCUAAUGAGUUUAUCCACAGCAAAUGCAAAAAAAGAUCCUAGCUGCAAGAUUUGUAACAUCAGUGCUGGACGUUAA